AUGGAUGGACUUGGAUCUUUCUCCUGCCUUGGCCGAAGCCUGCUAUUCAACAGAGGGAUUUUGAUAUGCUCCCUGAGCAGCAUUACAAUGUUAACAGCACAUGAGCAUAUUAGUGCAGGUGGAGAGGCCAUGAAUGAAAACAAAUUUCUGAACACAGACUCUAGCACAGGAUCGGUGGAAUCAACCGUCAAGCCGUUACCAUUCAAAGAUCCAAACUUCAUUCACUCCGGCAUUGGUGGAGCAGCAGCUGGCAAGAAGAACAGAACUUGGAAGAACCUAAAACAGAUUCUUGCUUCUGAAAGGGCAUUGCCAUGGCAACUAAAUGAUCCUAGCUAUUUUAAUAUUGAUGCUCCUCCUUCCUUUAAGCCUGCCAAGAAAUAUUCGGACAUUUCAGGACUUCCGGCAAAUUACACAGAUCCCCAGAGCAAGCUAAGAUUUAGUACUAUAGAAGAAUUUGCCUAUAUUCGGAUGCUCCCUUCAGAUGUGGUUACCGGAUACCUGGCUCUAAGGAAAGCAACAAGCAUCGUUUCCUGA